ACGACAGGCUGUGGUCUAUCUUGGAUUAGUUAGCUAGUUGUUUAGCCGUCGUCGUUUUUAUUGAUAAAACACUGUAAUUUUGACACAAUUUAUGUCGCCGACCUAUCAUCUGUAAUUUCAUAAGUGCACGCUCGCGAAAAGAAAGAAAGCAACCACGAAGAUAUGGAGGUUGAUUUUCCCGAGCAAGACGCUAGCAGCACGGACGAAGAAGACACUAUCAGCUCUUCUGUAUCUGAAGAUGGAGACAGCUCGGGUAAUGAAUACAGUAAAUGUAGCUAGCUAGAUUUAAUUAGGCCAAAUGCAGCUUGCUGUUAUGUUUUGCGUGUGUGUUAGUACAGUAUGCAUGGCGAUUUUGAUGAUGAUCUCCUUUAUGACCAAAGUGAUGCUGCGUGGCCAAGUUGCUAGCUAACUGCCUCUAGUGUGUUUACUGUGUGGGGGUUGUCUGACAGUUAGCAUGUUUAUUUUGCCAUCAGAGAUGGACGAUGAGGACUGCGAGAGGAGACGAAUUGAAUGCAUGGACGAGAUGACUACCCUCGAGAAGCAAUUCGGCGACUUGAAAGAACAGUAAAAACGCUACUGGCUACUUUCCAAAUUGAAUCACUCCUACCAGAUUGUUUUCUUUCUGAUCCAUGUUUACGUGCAUGGUUAAGCCAAGUCAACUAGCUACUGAUGAUGCUGCUGUAUUGGCUCACCCCUGUCUAUCUCAUUAUGACUAGGCUGUACAAGGAGAGGCUCUGUCAGUUGGACAUAAAGCUACAGGAGGUCAUAGCAGGCUGUGCCCAAGAGUAUCUGGAACCACUUGCCAACCUACAGGAGAAUAUGCAGAUCAGGACUAAAGUGGGCGGUGAGUUUCCAUGUCACUUUGCCUACACUAGAUUGGAUACUAACGUCCCACUUUGCAUUGUAACUUUAGUUGUGACAGGCGGCUGAUGUCAACGUCAGGAAGAUCAGUGCUUUUCUAAAAUGUUUGUUGUGUGUCCCUCAGAUGACCUACCUACCACCGGGUCCCUGGGUAGGCUACGUCCAAAUAUAACAAAGCAAACAUUUGUUUAUAUAUGUUGUCUAUAGUCUCAGAAGGCUGGAUCGAUCAUCGGCACCCACCAGGACAAUCUAGAGGCCAUCCUGGAUAUGCAGAUCCUCAAAAAGCUUAGGAGUAUAGAGGCCAACACUAGCCACCCCCUCCACAGUACCUGCCUGGAGCGUCGCAGUGCGAUGGCAGACAGAUUUAUUUUAGCCAGUUCUAAAACAUAAAGUUUCCGCAGAUCCUUUUUUUACCAUAUGCUAUGAGGCUUUUUAACACAAACACUUAGUUUUUAUGUUUAUUGAUGAUGUGUGGCUUUUAAUGUCUGUGUGUCCUUGUUGUGUUUUAAUGGCGUAUUUAUUGGUAAUAUAUGUAUUGGUUGGUGCAAUUAAAGGUCCCCUCUGGGAGAUUAAUAAAGUACUAUCUUAUCUUAUAUACAAUGUACUGUUACAACAAUGUUACAAUGUAGAUAUAUGGCUCUGUUCUCAGUGACGUCAAACCUUCUGAAGGGUGCCAAGAGUAAAGAGAUGUUUUCCUUGUCUUGUAUCUUCUCCAGGAAUCUACAGAGAGCUGUGUCUGGAGUCUGUGAAGAACAAGUACGACUGUGAGAUCCAGGCUGCCUGCCAACACUGGGAGGUCGGGUCAAUUCAAUACGAUACAACUUUAUUGAUCCCCAAGGGGCAAUUUUUGGGCCAGUGAGUAAUGUGACAGUGAUCAAGCGUGGAAUUAAAUCAUUGUUUGUCUCUGGCCCUGUCUGAGGUUUCGGGCUGUAGAAAGCAGUUGGUUUGAAUCCUUGCUUUCCCUUGUCUAGUCACAUACAGAUCACCAAUAUGGCUACCUCAAGGAAGAGAGGAAUGAAGGAUGCAUGGCAAACUACUGGAAAAUUACGUAGAAUGCUUUUGCAGUUAUGCAUCAGAAAAGUUGCAUUUUUGUAUGUAUUUAACCAGGGUCCCUCUCCAUGGCUUUGGUAAUACUACAGUACUCAUCCAUGUUCUGUGUUUCCUCCCAGAGUGAAAAGCUGUUGCUGUUUGACACGGUGCAGAGUGAGUUAGAGGAGAAGAUCAGACGCCUGGAGGAGGACAGACACAGUAUCGACAUCACCUCAGGUAUAGUAGGCAAUACACAGGCUAUAUGCAGGACUCUGAUCCUGUGAACUCUAUACAGAGGACCUUGAGGAAGGGCUAUUACUGUACAGUUGAUAUUAGUUGGAAAUGACUUUAAAGCCUAUUAGUUUAAGUGAAGUCUACUACUGACACACCCGAUUGAACUAAUGAAGGUCAUGGAGGAGAGUUGAUGGGUUGAAUUAGGUGUUUAAAUGCAGGGCUGGAAAAAAAGCCUGCACACCGUACAGUCUCAGGUAUACCAGCUCGGGUUCAAAGUGCCUUCACAAAGUAUUCAUACCCCUUGACUUAUUCCACAUUUGGUUGUGAAUACUUAUGAAAUGCACAUUGUUAUAUUUGAUAACAAUUGCUUAUUUUUCCUCGACUCCAACCCCAUUCGAUGCGCAUUGAACGGAUGUGGGUGGAGCAAUGUCUACAUAAGGGUGCAAAUUAUAAACACACACAAAAGCUCUGACAAAGGCCUUGAGGCCGAUACGUAAAGAUUAUUAAAGAGCAGUGAUACUAGCAAGAGCAGUGAUACUAGCAAGAGCAGUGAUACUAGCAAGAGCAGUGAUACUAUCAAGAGCAGUGAUACUAUCAAGAGCAGUGAUACUAUCAAGAGCAGUGAUACUAUCAAGAGCAGUGAUACUAGCAAGAGCAGUGAUACUAUCAAGAGUAGUGUGCAGGUUUCUUCUUCUUCCUCAUCUUGUGUUAGACUGAAUUCAAAAUAUAUUUUUUAGUAUAUAGUAUCCCAUAAUGACAAAGUGAAAACAGUUGUGUGUCUUUCUGGGUAAGUCUCUUAAGAGCUUUCCACUCCUGGAUUGUGCAACAUUUGCCCAAAAUUCUUUUCAAAAUUAUUCUUCAAGCUCUGUCAAAUUGAUUGUUGAUCACUACUAGACAACCAUUUUCAGGUCUUGCCAUAGAUUUUCAAGCAGAUGUAAGUCAAAACUGUAACUCGGCCACUCAGGAACAUUCACUGUCUUCUUGGUAAGCAACUCUAGUGUAGAUUUGGCCUUGUGUUUUAGGUUAUUGUCCUGCUGAAAGGUGAAUUCAUCUCCCAGUGUCUAGUGGAAAGCAGACUGAUCCAGGUUUUCCUCUAGGAUUUUGCCUGUGCUUAGCUCCAUUCCGUUUCUUUUUUAUCCUGAUAACUCCCCAGUCCUUAACGACUACAAGCACACCCAUAAUAUGAUGCAGCCACCACUAUGCUUGAAAAUAUGGAGAGUAGUACUCAGUAAUGUGUUGUAUUGGAUUUGACCCAAACAUAACACUUUUUUAUUCAGGACAAAAAGUUAAUUGCUUUGCCACAUUUUUUGCAUUUUUACUUUAAUGCCUUGUUGCAUGUGUUAGAAUAUGUUUGUUCUGUACAUGCAUCCUUCUUUUCACUCUGUCAAUUAUGUUAGUAUUGUGGAGUAACUACAAUGUUGUUGAUCCAUCCUCAGUUUUCUCCUAUCACAGCCAUUCAACUCUAACUGUUUUAAAGUCACCAUUGGCCUCAUGGUGAAAUACCUGAGCGGUUUCCUUCCUCUCCGGCAACUGAGUUAGGAAGGACGCUUGUAUAUUUGUAUUGACUGGGUGUAUUGAUACACUAUCCAAAGUGUAAUUAAUAACUUCACCAUGCUCAAAGGGAUAUUCAAUGUCUGCUUUUUAUUUUUACCCAUCUACCAAUAGGUGGCUUUCUUUGUGAAGCAUUGGAAAACCUCCCUGGUCUUUGUGGUUGAAUCUGUGUUUGAAAUUCACUGCUCGACUGAGGGACCUGACAGAUAAUUGUAUAUGUGGGGGUCAUUCAAAAAUCAUGUUAAACAUUAUUAUUGCACUCAGAGUGAGUCCAUGCAACUUAUUAUGUGACUUGUUAAGCACAUUUGUACUCCUAAACUUAUUUAGGCGUGCCAUAACAAAGUGGUUGAAUACUUAUUGACUCAAGACAUUUCACCUUUUCAUUUUUAAUUAAUUUGUAAAAAUGUCUAAACAUAAUUCCACUUUGACAUUAUGGGUUAUUGUGUGUGUGUGUGUGUGUAGGCCAGUGACCAAAAAUCUCAAUUUAAUCAAUUUUAAAUUCAUGGUGUAACACAACAUAAUAUAGAACUAGUCAAGGGGUGGGAACACUUUCUGAAGGCACUGUAACUGACUUGAGAUACUGCAUAGACCGCAAGUAGCUUUUCUCUCUUUUUGAUCUGCAUUCCAGAACUAUGGAAUGAUGGUUUACAUUCACGGAAGAACAAGAAGAAGGAUCCCUUCUGCCCUGCCAAGAUAAAGAAGCCUGUGGUCGUCUCAGAUAUCCUUUCUUUGUACCGGUCCUCCUCUCUCCAUCCUGUGUUACAUCUACUGUAUUAGGUACAGAUACUGGACUGUCAGUGCUAAUAUCAAUGAAGAACUUGAGCUUUUUACUUAACCCCUUCUCACGUCCAUAUAUUAUUUAUAUGUUGCAAGACCUCGAUAUACUUGAAGACUGGACAGCAAUACGAAAGGUAUUUGAGUUAACCAAAUGUAAGUCUUUGUUGUAAUUUUCUUAGGGUUGGAAUUUAACUUUUCGAUCUUGUUCUGUAUGCACCACAGGCGCUGGCGACGUUCGGGCCGCACAGGGUCAAGGUUGAUGGUAAGAGUCUCUGAUUUCUGUUUGUUACAGUAUCUGGUCCCACAUUAUAUUAAGAGCAGGGAUGACAAUAGAUUCCAUUUCUUACCUAUACGGUACCUUCUAUGUGUACACUUUUAUUUAUUUAUUUUUUGGGGGGGGGGGUUGGGCUAAAAAUAGAAUUACCGUAAUUUUCGGACUAUAAGCCGCGCCUUUUUUCCAAUUUUUCGACCCUGCGGCUUAUAUAACGGUGCGGCUAAUCUAUGGAUUUUUACAGCUAACGGCCACUAGAAGACCUCCUAAAUCUAUGGAUUUUACAGGUUACAGUCCACCAACUUUAACUCUAUGGGCUCUAUGACCGGUCCGCGCCCCCCACCUUUAAGCGGCGGGCUCCGGCAGGAAAAGCUGGAGGCCGGAAAAGAGUGAGGUAGCGCACAAAAGUAAAAGUGGAACCAAGAGUGGUACGAGAGACAGAACGAGAGACAGAACGACAGCAAGACAGACAGACAUUAUGAGAGCGAGACAGUUUGUCUCUUUCCCGACAAUCCCCUCUGUGCACGAACCCUUACAUAUGGUAAUUAAACAUUAAAACACCUGCGGCUUAUAGUCCAGUGCGGCUUAUAUAUGUACGCAUCAUUCAAUAUCAUUCAAUUUAGCUGCUGCGGCUUAUACUCCGGUGCGCCUUAUAGUGCGGAAAAUACGGUACAUAUAGAAUCCCUAUUCGUUUUAAUAGAAUUACACAUAGAAUCCCUAUUCGUUUUAAUAGAAUUACAUAUAGAAUCCCUAUUCGUUUAAUAUAAUUACAUAUAGAAUCCCUAUUCGUUUUAUAGAAUUACAUAUAGAAUCCCUAUUCGUUUUAAUAGAAUUACAUAUAGAAUCCCUAUUCAUUUAAUAGAAUUACACAGACUCCCUAUUCAUUUAAUAUAAUUACACCGAAUCCCUAUUCAUUUAAUAGAAUUACACAGACUCCCUAUUCAUUUAAUAUAAUUACACCGAAUCCCUAUUCAUUUAAUAGAAUUACACAGACUCCCUAUUCAUUUAAUAGAAUUACACAUAUAAUCCCUAUUCAUUUAAUAGAAUUACACAGACUCCCUAUUCAUUUAAUGGAAUUACACAUAGAAUCCCUAUUCAUUUAAUAUAAUUACAUAUAGAAUCCUAUUCAUUUAAUAGAAUUACAUAUAGAAUCCCUAUUCAUUUAAUAGAAUUACACAGACUCCCUAUUCAUGUAAUAGAAUUACACAUAGAAUCCCUAUUCAUUUAAUAGAAUUACACAUAGAAUCCCUAUUCAUUUAAUAGAAUUACAUAUAGAAUCCCUAUUCGUUUAAUAGAAUUACACAUAGAAUCCCUAUUCGUUUAAUAUAAUUACACAGACUCCCUAUUCAUUUAAUAGAAUUACACAUAGAAUCCCUAUUAAUUUAAUAGAAUUACAUAUAGAAUCCCUAUUCAUUUAAUAGAAUUACACAUAGAAUCCCUAUUCAUUUAAUAGAAUUACACAGACUCCCUAUUCAUUUAAUAGAAUCACAGACUCCCUAUUCAUUUCAUAGAAUUACAUAUAGAAUCCCUAUUAAUGUAAUAGAAUUACACAGACUCCCUAUUCAUUUAAUAGAAUUACAUAUAUAAUCCCUAUUCAUUUAAUAGAAUUACACAUAGAAUCCCUAUUCGUUUAAUAGAAUUACACAUAGAAUCCCUAUUCGUUUAAUAGAAUUACACAUAGAAUCCCUAUUCGUUUAAUAGAAUUACACAGACUCCCUAUUUGUUUAAUAUAAUUACACAUAGAAUCCCUAUUCAUUUAAUAUAAUUACAUAGAAUCCCUAUUCAUUUAAUAGAAUUACAGGCUCCCUAUUCAUUUAAUAGAAUUACACAUAGAAUCCCUAUUCAUUUAAUAGAAUUACACUUAGAAUCCCUAUUCAUUUAAUAGAAUUACACAGACUCCCUAUUCAUUUAAUAGAAUUACACAGACUCCCUAUUCAUUUAAUAGGAUCUCUGUGGGCCUAAUAGUAAAGAUUUGUCAUUCAACUUUUAAAAUGUAUUAUCUUUGAAUGUGUCAUUAACACAACUAGUCAUGAUGUUUUCAUCUGAUUGUCAAACAAUCACUUCAGAAGGCUCCUGUAAGCCUGGCUACCUGCGUACAUUCGUCCACUCUAAAAUAAUUCCUGUUUCCAUACAUUUGAUGAAUGGAAAGAGACGUCUGUACAAAAAAUAAAAUAAAAAUGUAAUGAAUGGCAAUGUCCCCGCACGUCGCUGUCUCGGCCACUCAUCUCUGUCCGCGCACGUCGCUGUCUCGGCCACUCAUCUCUGUCCGCGCACGUCGCUGUCUCGGCCACUCAUCUCUGUCCGCGCACGUCGCUGUCUCGGCCACUCAUCUCUGUCCGCGCACGUCGCUGUCUCGGCCACUCAUCUCUGUCCGCGCACGUCGCGGGGUCGCGGUCUCGGCCACUCAUCUCUGCCUUCGCAAAAAUCCGCUGUUAUCAUCAAAAGCAUUUUGGAGCGUAUUCUACAGGUUUUAAGUCCAUUUGCAAACGUUUCAUGUAGGUGACAUGCUGUAGUGAUUCAAUUAUAGUGUAAUACCCUACAGUUUCCUUGGCAUCUUUGUGUUAAUUAUUGUGAUUGGCUCUUGUUCAACCGGUAUGGCGUAUCCCCAAUGAUUAUUUUGCCGGUACUCCGUCCCGGAUCGUACCAGCUUACUUUCACCCGUGAUUAAGACUCUCUGAAUGUAUGUAUUUAGAUAGUGUAACUGACGUACGGGUACGUGUUAAUACAUAGUGCUCACAACUGUUGUACCUUCGUCAUGACAUGUUUGUGGUGUGUGUGUGUGUGUGUGUGUGUGUGUGUGUAGUCCCUACCAAGGCUGACAGACACCACCAUGUGGCGAGGUCUGAGGAGGGCAGACUGUUCUAUGACAGCCAGUGGUACUGCAGAGGACAGGCCUUGUGUAUCAAUAAGAAGGACGAACACCCUACCAGGUGUGUAUCAUGGUGUCUGUAUAGGAAAUGUAUGUUUUCAAAUGGUGUGUGCGUAUGUUGAUGUCCUUGAGGUAAGUGUGUUGUGUGUAUGUGUGUGCCUUUGUGUAUUUCUGUAUGUACAGUGGGGGGAAAAAAGUAUUUAGUCAGCCACCAAUUGUGCAAGUUCUCCCACUUAAAAAGAUGAGAGAGGCCUGUAAUUUUCAUCAUAGGUACACGUCAACUAUGACAGACAAAAUGAGGAAAAAAAAUCCAGAAAAUCACAUUGUAGGAUUUUUAAUGAAUUUAUUUGCUAAUUAUGGUGGAAAAUAAGUAUUUGGUCAAUAACAAAAGUUUCUCAAUACUUUGUUAUAUACCCUUUGUUGGCAAUGACACAGGUCAAACGUUUUCUGUAAGUCUUCACAAGGUUUUCACACACUGUUGCUGGUAUUUUGGCCCAUUCCUCCAUGCAGAUCUCCUCUAGAGCAGUGAUGUUUUGGGGCUGUCGCUGGGCAACACGGACUUUCAACUCCCUCCAAAGAUUUUCUAUGGGGUUGAGAUCUGGAGACUGGCUAGGCCACUCCAGGACCUUGAAAUGCUUCUUACGAAGCCACUCCUUCGUUGCCCGGGCGGUGUGUUUGGGAUCAUUGUCAUGCUGAAAGACCCAGCCAUGUUUCAUCUUCAAUGCCCUUGCUGAUGGAAGGAGGUUUUCACUCAAAAUCUCACGAUACAUGGCCCCAUUCAUUCUUUCCUUUACACGGAUCAGUCGUCCUGGUCCCUUUGCAGAAAAACAGCCCCAAAGCAUGAUGUUUCCACCCCCAUGCUUCACAGUAGGUAUGGUGUUCUUUGGAUGCAACUCAGAAUUCUUUGUCCUCCAAACACGACGAGUCGAGUUUUUACCAAAAAGUUCUAGUUUGGUUUCAUCUGACCAAAUGACAUUCUCCCAAUCCUCUUCUGGAUCAUCCAAAUGCACUCUAGCAAACUUCAGACGGGCCUGGACAUGUACUGGCUUAAGCAGGGGGACACGUCUGGCACUGCAGGAUUUGAGUCCCUGGCGGCGUAGUGUGUUACUGAUGGUAGGCUUUGUUACUUUGGUCCCAGCUCUCUGCAGGUCAUUCACUAGGUCCCCCCGUGUGGUUCUGGGAUUUUUGCUCACCGUUCUUGUGAUCAUUUUGACCCCACGGGGUGAGAUCUUGCGUGGAGCCCCAGAUCGAGGGAGAUUAUCAGUGGUCUUGUAUGUCUUCCAUUUCCUAAUAAUUGCUCCUACAGUUGAUUUCUUCAAACCAAGCUGCUUACCUAUUGCAGAUUCAGUCUUCCCAGCCUGGUGCAGGUCUACAAUUUUGUUUCUGGUGUCCUUUGACAGCUCUUUGGUCUUGGCCAUAGUGGAGUUUGGAGUGUGACUGUUUGAGGUUGUGUGUGGACAGGUGUCUUUUAUACUGAUAACAAGUUCAAACAGGUGCCAUUAAUACAGGUAACGAGUGGAGGACAGAGGAGCCUCUUAAAGAAGAAGUUACAGGUCUGUGAGAGCCAGAAAUCUUGCUUGUUUGUAGGUGACCAAAUACUUAUUUUCCACCAUAAUUUGCAAAUAAAUUCAUUAAAAAUCCUACAAUGUGAUUUUCUGGAGAAAAAAAAUCUCAAUUUGUCUGUCAUAGUUGACGUGUACCUAUGAUGAAAAUUACAGGCCUCUCUCAUCUUUUUAAGUGGGAGAACUUGCAAAAUUUUUGGCUGACUAAAUACUUUUUUCCCCCACUGUAUAUUUGCAUGUGAUGCAUUUGAGCGUGGAAGCAUGACCUUGUGUGCUGUGGCAGAUCAGGGGGUUGGGUCAAAACGUUUACACAGAUCAGACACGGACAGAGUAUGAUUAGCUCGGUUUCAUCGGUGAGGGGGGAAGCUAUAGCCGCAAAGUUGGGGAUAAACCAGCUAUAGUAUCCUGCCAGUCUCAGGAAGGACUUGACCUGUGUCUUGGUGCGUGGAACGGGCCAGUCACGUACCGCGUGAACCUUCCUCUCCUGGGGCUUGACGUUAUCCCGUCCGAUCAAAUGCCCGCGUUCUCCACCACUUGUGGCAGAUCAGGCGAUUGGGUCAAGUCGUUUACACAGAUCAGACACGGACAAAGUAUGAUUAGCUCAGUUUCAAUGCUGUUUAUUAAUAAAAUAAUCAAAAGAAAAGGUUAGGUCUCCCCCAUGAGAUCCUCUCCAGGAUACCGUCUCCAACUACACGGAAGUUACCUUACUUUCCCCAGUCCUCCCCCAUGCGCUGCCCUUCUGGCAGCUUUAUGGGCCUUGCACAGCUGGUGAGCAAUCUGCCCUUAAUUACUCACCAGCUCCCAAUCAGCCCCAAUUAGUCCUGUCCGGGGAGCCCGUCGAGACCUGGCACGUCCAGCAGAUGAAGCCACCGCCUCGUGAUGUAUACUCCAUCUGUUACCAGGCCUCGACCUGGUGGCUGACCUGCUGUACGCCACAGUGCAUAUACUGUUGAGGUUCAUACACUAGAUUCAAGUGUUGUUGUAAGUGAAUUGGUUUAAGGAGACAUAUAGGUGUAUGUAAUUUAUAUUUUAUUAUCCAAUCCUCUUCCAUCUCUCCGCACAGUGCCAUAAUAACCACCAUAAACCAUGACGAGGUGUGGUUCAAACGGCUUGACGGCAGCAAGUCCAAACUCUACAUCUCUCAGCUGCAGAAAGGCAAAUACACCAUCAAACACUCCUAAUGUCCCUAACAGCCUGCCAUACUCUCUCACCUUGGAUAACAGAUGAUGAACUCCAGUGCCAUAAAAGAUCCUCUCCCUUAUGUCAGUGGACUUAACCAACCCUGGUCAUGUAGAGCUACAGGUCAGGGUGUGUAGGGUUGGUGACUAACUAAUGCUCUCUGUAAGUAUGUAUGUUAAUAAUAUCUGCGAAGCCAGCAAGUGUCAUUACUUCUCUCUAAACUGGAAGCGAGAGGAGCAAGUGCUGCUACAAAAGGGCUAAGUUGCUGGUUGUGAGCGGUGGUGUUGUGGUGUGCCUUUUUAACAAGACGAUGCCUACAGUCUUGAACUAACUCAAUGCAGUAAGGCCUUAGCUCCUCUGGCCGGUGAGAACAGGACGAGACGAGGAUCAAGUCAAAGCGUUGGUUGUGACUGGAUGGAUGGAGAAAAAAACCUUGCCCUAAUUAUGUGUUUUCUUCACUGUGAGUCCCCCGCCUCUUGUAGUAUUCCCUCUAAAGUCUCUCUGUGUCAUCUUCCAUUUAUUUGUUACUAUUCUGAGAAACACAGCUCUCUCUUUCUUCUCUUUCUCCCUGCCCUCAAGGGGACAUGAUACCAUUUUCACCUAACCAAUGCUGUCAGAUAUGUUAUCAGUUCAAGGAAGGAAAGAUUGAUGUUUACUAUAUUUUAGCAUGGCCAAUGUCAGGAGAGAUGGGUCAAAAUGUCCAUGCAAUCCCACUCUUUUGCACAUUAUUGGAUAUCGUGGGAAAACGUUUCUUUGUCUGUGUAUAUAAGUACCAACUGCCAACAGUUUUGCAUUUUAAAGGAUUCUCAACAUGAUAUUAUGAAUUGUGUAGAUGUUACUGUAUAUGUUGGGAGCAUUUGCUGGGGUUUUUUUCGCAGCCAAUGAAGAAUUCUACUUUGGUCCGUCUGAGUACGAUCAGACCAAAUGUUUCAGUGCCAUCAAUUGAAAUGUAGUCCUGUUGUUGUCUUGAGUUUUUAUUUGUAAAGUUUGGAUUUUUAUUUGGUG